CAAGGCCGUUGUGUGAUUGCCUUUGGGUAACUGAGGUUUCAGUUGGUUGGACGGAACUACUGCUUGUCGCACAUUUUUCUCUCGCUUCUCUGCAGUUUUCUGAAGGUCAAUUUAUAGAUCUUGUUAGGUACCAUGUACAUCUUGUCAGUAUGAUCGGUUGAUCUGGUAGUAGUGACCCAAUGUCACAUAACACCAAUAACUUUCAUUACUGACUACGAAAUAUAUGAAUCAUCCUUCAAUGUAUUGAUAAUUCAGAUUUUAUUUGCCCGAUUAAUGACGCCAAAACUAACAAACAUAUAAGCAGAUUAAUUGUGUGAAACUACUCAACAUUUGAAUAAAGUAUGAAUUCAAAUUUAAAGGUUUUGUCAUUCCCCGGAGAUGUAAUUAUCAGUGGCUACUUAUUGAAAAGCAGACGUACUGAAUUACUUCGUAAACUUCUUUGGAAUCUGGAUUGUGUAAAACAUUCGUCAGAAUUCAAUGUAAGACACUGGAAAAGGCGAUAUUGCAUUUUGUACAAAGUACGCAGACAGAAUACAACAGAAAUAUUUUUUGAUUAUUACAAAGAUGAAUCUUUUUCUAAAUUUAAGGGUCGUGUUGACUUGGAGCAUUGUGAAUGUAUUGUUGAGAAUGCUAAUAUUGGUGGUCAACCGUGUGCAUUUUCAUUGACCACACUGUUUAAUGGUCAUAAAAGAAUUUAUUAUUUUGUCGCUGCUAAUAAUAAAAUAAUGUCUGAUUGGGUGCAUCAUCUGGCACGUGUUGCUGAACUAGUCGAUUUCUCGACUACAAGUACAGAGGUCAAUCCUACCGAUUCAGUUGGGAACAAUAUUGGUCUUAGUGUACCACCCUUAUUUCAAAGGCCAACAAAAACAUCUGUUGAUAACAGUGGUUCACAUCCUAUAAAUUCAAGUUCUGUAGAUGGAAACAAAUCGCCUAUUAAUCAGAUUAAUUCCCAACAAUGCCAGCCAUUUAAUGAUGACGAUGGGGAAGACGACUACAAAGAUGUAGUCGGUGGAGUCGAUUAUUUGAUGUCUGGUUCCGAAUUACUGGAUGAUUAUCAUCAUCUACCAACUUCAAGUCAUUCCUAUGUAAAUUUACCUAAUGAUGCAGAGCUAGACAAAGGAUUCAAUCCGAAUUAUUCAUCCUUACCCGCUCGUAAAGAUAUACGAGAUAUUUCGAUGAAACAAUCAAAUGAUGCCUAUAAUGAAAUAUAUAUAAACAAUGAUGUCUCGACGAACACCAACAAUAACAGCAAUAAACAGAAAGAUCAAGUUGAUUUAAAUCCUACAGCUAAUAAUUCGCAAAAAAAUUCCUUACAAAGACAGAAUUCUUCAAACAGUGUUUACUAUAAUGUAUGGGAAUCGGAGGAUGGUUCUAAAGUUGAAGUUGAUUCAGGAAUUAAACCAAAGCCAAAUGUUCAAAUGGCAUCGAACACACGGGUUUAUCGUAGAAGUCAUGUAUCGAGUGCAUAUCUACAACCGAAUUCUUCGGUUCCUUCAUCGUUUGGACAAAAAGCUGGUCUUUGUGUACCGAUAGCGACCACAUCAACAGCAACAGAUGGUAAACCAAUACCACCUCCACGUAUGGGUGAAGUGAAACAGUUUUCAUCUACAUUGCCUCCUUCAUUUACAAAUUCAACUAAUAAUGUCCUUUCAGAGUUAAGUCCUGAAUUACCGUUACCAGUUCGAGCUAAAAGAUCACAAAUUUCUUUGGAUAGCAGUUUAAACAGCAGCAGCAGCAGCAUCAUCAGCAGUAGUAAUAGUAGCAUUAGGGAUGACAACAACAGUAGGAGUAAUAUCAAUAUGGAUAACGGUGUUAGCGACAAAAACAACUGUUCGCUGAAAGAAGAGAAUAAAGAGAAUAGAAUCCAUUCAUCAAGCCCUUUUCGAGAUACCGGUAAAUUAUCUGCUGACCAUAGAUCCACUGUUACUACUUGCAGUGUAACUACUAAUACUGUUGCUAUAACUACUACUAUUGCUUCUGGAAAGCUCCAGUCUAACCUCAAUCCUGGUGUCACAAAAUCUGGUCAUUCUGUUGAUAAUAAAAUUUUCCAUUUAAACUACAUUGAACCAUCAAAUUUGGAUCUACGUACUGUUGAAUCUUCUAAUGAACGUGUUUAUGGUGGUGGUUUAUCAUCCCUGUCUACACAAGCAGCAACAGUAGUGUUGACAACAACGGUAACGACGACGACGACAACAACAACAACAACAGCUAUGCAUUCGGUUAAAAAGUCUGAUAUUUUCUCAAAUAACCUCACAUCAUCUACAAUGCCAAAUCUCAUCGCUGUAUCUACUUUUUCGAACUCUAUAGAACAACAAUCUGCUUCAACAAAUCGUUUACUGCAUAUUGGGAGUUCAUCUCUGUCUACUUCUUCGGCUACUGGUUGUCUACCGACAGCUUCUCAAUCGGUUUCAGGUUUACUGUCACCAAUAAAUAAUCAUACUGUUACAACUACUAUGAUUAAUACUACUGCUAAUGUUGAAAAGAAGGAUGAUUAUAUUGAAUAUCGAGAAAUUGAUCCAAUCAGUACGAAUGCUUGGCUAUUGUCGCUGAACGAUUUGGAUAGUUUGUGUGUAGGCAUGUGUCUUUGUGUGUUUUUACACAUUUACACAGUUAUUUUCAUUAAAUCAGUGUCUUCCUAUUGAGACUUAUAUUACUGCAGAUUCAUCAGAAAAUAUUUGAAGAUGCGGAAUAUGAUGAUGAUGAUGAAGAAGUGUUUUAUUGUUCACAUUCCUUUGAUGAUCAAAUUGACCUUGGUAACAUAUGUUGAUAAUCUAGUUAUAUAUAUAUAUAUAUAUAUAUAUAUAUAUAU